GAUACAACACCUCGUCACCGUCAAAGCUCUCAUCUUGAUCAACGAUGUCGGAAACAACCAAGGAAGUCACGGCUGAAGAAGUCGCAAAGCACAACAAGAAGGAUGACAUCUGGAUCAUUGUCCAUGGCAAGGUCUACGACGUGACAAAGUAUACCGAGGACCAUCCAGGAGGCGCUCCAUCCUUGUAUGAGGUUGCCGGGCAGGAUGCAACCGCCACUUUCGAGGACGUUGGCCACUCGGCUGAUGCCCGUGAAACCAUGGGACAAUACCUGAUCGGUAAACUCGAAGGCGCAGAGGAAGAAAGUGUCGAAGCGAAGCCCAAGGAGCUACCACUCUUGGUGAGGGCAGCACAAAACAAGAAGGGAAACUCUCGAUCAUCCUCUGAAAAGCUCGUUCGUCGUCUUCUUGAGGGAGCCAUCGGAGGCGGAGGUAUAUUCCUUCUAUACGAGCUGAUCGCCCGGUCGCCGAUGGUCGGAUGGCUGCAUCAUCAGCACGGUGGAUUCUGGAAGGGCAUGUUGAUUGCCUCUGCUGCGAGUUUCUCAGCUUCAGCUGCAGUGCUGCUCUGGAUCAGUCGCCACUUCCAACAACAGCAUACCUUAGCCUCUUGGCCAGCACACUACAAACCGAAGACGGUUGCAAAGCCCAUCACUCAAGCUACCGGUUUCCUCAAGCCUCAGGAGUACCAGACUCUGCCUUUGGUCAAGAAGGACAAAUUGUCGAAGAACACCUACCGAUUCGUCUUCAAACUUCCCAAGACGGACAGCAUUCUCGGUCUUCCCAUUGGUCAACAUCUAAGCAUCCGUGGCAAUGUGGACGGAAAGAGUGUUUCACGUUCAUAUACUCCUGUCUCGAACAACUCGGAUGCCGGAGAGCUCAGACUUGUCAUAAAGUGCUACCCAGAUGGCCAGCUCACGGGCGGUUAUCUCGAGGAUCUGAGUGUUGGUGAUGAGGUCGAGUUCCGAGGCCCAAAAGGUGCCAUGAAGUACGGUCGUGGUCUUGCGGAUGAGAUUGGUAUGGUUGCUGGUGGUACCGGUAUCACACCAAUGUAUCAAAUCAUCCGUGCCAUCUGCGAGAACCCACGAGACAAGACAAAGGUCACUCUUCUCUACGGAAGUGUGUCAGAGGAGGACAUUCUGCUGCGCGACGAGCUUGACAAGUUUGCUGCAAAGUACCCAGAGAACUUCAAAGUCGUCUACGUUUUGAGCAAGCCUAGCGAUGAGUGGAAGGGUCCGAAAGGUUACAUCGACAAGGAGAUGUGCCAGAACGAGUUGCCAGGGCCCAAGGGCAAGAGCAAGAUCCUGCUUUGUGGGCCUCCGCCAUUGAUCAACAGCAUGAAAGACGGGCUUUCUGAGCUUGGAUUUGAGAAGCCCGGUGCGGUCUCCAGAUUGACCGACCAAGUAUUCUGCUUUUGAUAAGGGUCAAAGUGCCCGUGAAAUUGCUGGCGGCAUAGAGGAUAUAUGAUGUAGAUACUAGAAACUUGUUCUGAAUGAAUAAACACUGAAC